AACCUCUUUGGAGUUAAAAAUUUCUUUGCCACUUUCGUCUUUGCAACAAACUUAUUUUGUUUGAUCAACUGGUAUUUCGGAAAAAUUUUCUUCAGCUUAUUUUGGACUUCUCGUCAAAAUUCUAAGUGAAAUAAUUCCAAUAUUUUAAUUUUUGGGUAAAUAAAAUUGUUUCCAACUAUCUGAAGAUGAGUUGCUGCGGUUCAUGCUGUCCUCCGGUCUGCCCGCCCUGCAGCCUAAAUUGCGUGCGGCGGAUCAAGAGCCGGGAGCUGAUUGGCGGCAUACUGUACACCCAGUGCGAGUGUCCUCGCAGGAACGGCCUGCAGGACUCGUGUCCUCGCACGGGCUGCGGCAUCCCCGCGUGCACCACUCUGCCGCUGCCCUGCUGCUGCCCGGGCCGGCGCGACUCCUGCAUCCGCAGAUUCUGCUGCUAGAUCGCUGGAGGAAACUGCGGCGUCCGUCCGGACGUGGGUUUAUCGUGGCCGUCCCGUGAUUCCCCGUCAGCGACCGCCUGUCUGACAGAACACCUGCGCCAGUUGAGGUCCGAGGGGCCACCAGCCAGAGACACCAUCCGCCAGAGAUCCAUCCGCCAGAGUCACUAUCCGCCAGAGUCACCAUCCGCCUGCUCCGAAAUUCAACAGUCCCGAGAGACCAUACGCCUCGGGGGUUUCAGAAGAAACAAGGCGCGGCUGGGAAAACGUGGAGGCAUCCGUGGUCGGCGGUUUCGCUUCCUCAGAUAGACAAUCCCACUCAAUCGCUUGGUUUAAAACAUCGACACUCACACAGUGUCAUUCUUACCACAGGAAUGCCUUCAAAAUUGUACAGAAAUGUUCUUAACAGCAUUAAACAAAUUAUUUAGCUAACGUCAA